AUGUUGAAUGCGUUUUUGGAUCAAUGCCAUAUCUACAACUCCAACAAUAGAUCCCGUUUAACUCCUGAUCAGAUCAUUGACGAAAUUGACACUAUGUUCAAGAACCUUCAUCCCGACUUGACUCCUUUAACAAAAAAGGAAGUAUUGUUCUAUUUCCAUAUCUACUAUUCGUUGCUGAACAAUGUUGUAUUUUUGGACGAGUUGGACUUUCAGAAUGUCCAAGUAACUAAGUACUUGAAGGGAUAUGUUUCGAUGUCUCCCACUACAAACAAGGAAGAGUUGAUUGAAGAGCUUGCUAAAUCAAGCGAGACUGCACCUGAAGUCGUUUCGUCGUGGUUCAACAUCUUUGACACGUUAUCUUCGACUCCGUUUGCUGAUUCCAACACCAGAUACACGAACCCAUUAUGCCCUUACGAAUACGCUCGUUACCAAAGCUUCACUAACGAGUUGAGGACGAUGCAAGAGAAACUCAAGCAAGUCUACGGAGGUUCUACUACUAAGGACUCGAAGAAUGAGUCUGUCUUCGGCAACUUUUCCUUUCAAACGAACUCCGACAAUAAUAAGGGCAAAGACUCUAAGACAAACAGCUCAAAGGAUAAUAAGGAUGGUAAGGACAAUAAGAAUAACAAGAAGAACAUCGACAUUGAGAUUAAUUUUAAUAGCUCGCCUAUGAGAUUCUUCCAGGUAGGUGUCUUGAUUGGUUUAUUAUCAUACAUCGUAUACAACUUGACACAGUCUUCCAAUAACGAGAUCAGCUUUCAGCAGUUCACCACUGACUUCUUGAGCAAGAACUUGGUAGAUAAGGUCGUUGUUGUCAACAACAGAAUUGCAGUUGUAGAAUUGAAUGAAAACGGAAGAGCUCAGUAUCCUCAUCAUGAAGGAAACUUCUACUUCAACAUCGGUGCUAUUGAGUCGUUUGAAAAGAAUUUACGUAGUGUGCAAGAAGACUAUAACGUAGCCGAUCUGAUGAGAGUUCCAGUCAUCUACACAAACGAAGGAAGUACCACCAAGAUGCUUGUCAACUUCUUACCUACAGUGUUAUUCUUGGGUGCGAUCUACUACAUGACCAAGAAAGCUACUGGUAUGGGUGGAAUGGGAGGACCAUUGGGGUUCGGUAAGUCUACUGCUAAGAAAUUCAACCAGGACACCGAUAUCAAAAUCAGAUUUAGAGAUGUAGCUGGCAUGGCUGAAGCCAAAGAAGAGGUCAUGGAGUUCGUCAAGUUCUUGCAGAACCCAGAAAAGUAUGAGAGAUUAGGAGCAAAGAUCCCCAGAGGUGCCAUUCUUUCGGGUCCUCCAGGAACUGGUAAAACCUUGCUUGCUCGUGCUACUGCUGGAGAAGCAGGUGUCCCAUUCUAUUCAGUUUCUGGUUCUGAAUUCGUAGAGAUGUUUGUCGGUGUAGGUGCUUCCAGAGUUCGUGACUUGUUCAAGACUGCUCGUGAAAACGCCCCCUCCAUUGUCUUUGUAGAUGAGAUCGAUGCUAUUGGUAAACAGCGUUCUAAGGGUAAUGCCAGCGGUGCCAACGAUGAACGUGAGACAACUUUGAACCAGUUAUUGGUUGAAAUGGAUGGCUUUGAUACCUCCGAUCAUGUUGUCGUCUUGGCUGGUACAAACAGAGCUGAUAUUUUGGAUAGGGCCUUGUUGAGACCAGGGAGAUUCGAUAGACACAUUUCAAUUGACAAUCCUGAGUUGCAGGGUCGUAAGGAGAUUUUUCAAGUUCACUUGAGGAAGAUCAAAUUGAAGAAGGAUAUUGACGACGAUUUGCCAGGUAGAUUAGCUGCGUUGACUCCUGGUUUUUCUGGUGCUGAUAUCGCCAAUGUCUGCAACGAAGCCGCAUUGAUCGGUGCCAGGUACAAUGCCGACUCGGUGACGUUGAGACACUUUGAAUUGGCCAUUGAGAGAGUUAUUGGUGGUAUCGAGAAGAAGUCAAAGCUUUUGAACGCUGAAGAGCAGAGAAUCGUAGCUUACCAUGAAGCUGGCCAUGCUGUCUGUGGUUGGUAUUUGAAGUACGCCCAUCCUUUGUUGAAAGUGUCUAUUAUUCCUAGAGGUCAAGGCGCUUUGGGAUAUGCGCAGUAUUUGCCUCCUGAUCAGUUCUUGUUGUCUACAUUGCAAUUGUACGACAGAAUGAUCAUGACAUUGGGUGGCCGUGUAUCCGAAGAAUUGCAUUUCUCUUCUGUUACCAGUGGUGCCCACGAUGACUUCAAGAAAGUUACCAAUAUUGCCCAAUCCAUGGUUUUGCGUUUUGGGAUGUCAAAGAAAGUUGGUAUGGUAAACUACGCUGAUACUCAGUCACAGGACAAUUUGACGAAGCCAUUCAGUGACGAGACCAGCAAGACCAUUGACGAAGAAGUACAGAGAAUAGUGGGCGAGUGUCACAAGAGAUGUAAGGAAUUGUUGAUUGAGAAAUCUAAGGAAGUCGAGUUGGUUGCGGAAGAGUUGUUGAAAAAGGAGUUCAUCACAAGAGAAGAUAUGAUCAGAUUGUUGGGUAAGAGACCAUUCCCUGAAACCAACGAUGCCUUUGACAAGUAUCUUGAAAAGAAGCCAGCGUUCAAGAAUGAGAAACCGGCCGACGAAAAGAAGGACGACGAGAAGGAAGAAGAAAAGUAA